UCCCAUACCAAACAGCCCCUUAAAAGUUUAUUGGGACGACAAUUAAAAACGAUCCGGAAGGCCGAGACGCGCCAAGCUUGGGAGCGGCAGAGGUUUUCGCGAUCGCCCACCAGCUUUCUCGCGCUUCGUUCCACCAAAGCAAUGGAUUACCUCAAGAGCGUCGUUCCUUCUCAGCUCAUUGCAGAGCGCGGUUCCAAUCUGGUAGUCAUCAAUCCAGGAUCUGCCAAUGUUAGAAUCGGCUUUGCUCAUCAAAAUGUGCCCUAUAAUAUACCACACUGUAUUGCAAGACGUGUGAAGUCUGGCCCCAAAAAAAAAGUUCAGGAUCAGAUGCUGAACACACAAGCAACUCCUGCCCAAAAUAUGGAACGUGAGAAGGCUUAUGAUAUGAUUGCAUCUUCGCUGAAGAUACCAUUUCUCCAUGAAGAAGCUACAAACAACUCUUUCCCCCGUAAGGUGGGACGUGUAGAUGGAUUUGCACCACAUCAAUACCGAAAUGAUUCUCCUAUCAUCUGGACAAAAGUUAUGGACAAGAAGUCCAACUCAUUCGCUAUGAAGGAUGGCAAGGCUACUAACUUGCAUUCCUCAGAAGCAUCCAAAUCUUUUGAUGGUGGAGACUCUGAUUCUGAUGAAUAUAAAUUGAAGGAGUCUAUUUUUGGAGAUGAAGCCCUAAGAAUUUCACCGUGCGAACCAUACUGCUUAAGUCGUCCUAUUCGUCGUGGCCAUUUUAACAUUUCUCAGGAUUACCCUUUACAGCAGGUGAUUACCGAUCUAUAUGUGAUUUGGGAUUGGAUAUUGGUGGAUAAGUUGCAUAUACUUCCAGUUGAUAGAAGCUUCUAUUCAGCUGUACUUGUUUUGCCUGAGUCAUUUGAUAGCCGAGAGAUCAAAGAAAUGCUAUCUAUUGUCUUGCGGGAUUUGAGAUUUAGUACAGCCGUUGUACAUCAGGAAGGACUUGCAGCAGCUUUUGGAAAUGGGCUAUCCACGGCUUGUGUGGUAAAUAUUGGUGCUCAAGUUACGUCUGUAAUUUGUAUUGAGGACGGAGUUGCUUUACCUUCAACAAUAAUUACACAACCAUAUGGUGGAGAGGACAUUUCAAGGUGCCUUUUGUGGGUUCAACGCUAUCAUCAGGCAUGGCCAAGUAUAAACACAGAUCCGGUGAUGAAGUCAAUUGACAUGCUCAUGCUAAAUAAAAUAAAAGAGUCUUACUGCCAGAUUAGAGAGGGUGAGUUUGAUGCUGUGGCUAUUGUACACUCUUGUGAGGAAGGAAAGCCUGCUGGAUCACACAAGGCUAGACUAUCUGCCCUCAAUGUUCCUCCUAUGGGCCUAUUCCUUCCAACUCUUUUUGUUCCAGAAGAAUACCCACCACCACCACGCUCAGGGUUCCAUGACUAUGAAGAUAUGCUAGAAGAUUCUUGGCAAAUGGACUUCACCAGAAGACCUGACAUGUCUGAUGGACUUUAUCUUGGUUCUAGUGGCGGUGUUUCCAUGUGGGAUACUUAUCAAGUGUAUCCAAAAAGACUUAAGAAAGAUGAAUUGGUUGGCCUUGCGGAGGCAAUCACGACUAGCAUUCUUUCAACAGGUCGCAUAGAUCUUCAAAGGAAGUUAUUUUGCAGCAUACAAAUAAUUGGUGGAGUUGCUUUGACCGCUGGCCUUGUUCCCGUGGUUGAAGAGAGAGUUUUGCACGCCAUUCCUUCAAAUGAAGCAAUCGAUACUGUUGAGGUAUUGCAAUCAAGAAGUGAUCCAUCAUUUGUCUCAUGGAAAGGUGGCACUAUACUUGCCAUCCUUGAUUUCAGUCGUGAUGCAUGGAUCCAUAGAGAAGAUUGGAUUCGAAAUGGAAUACAUAUAGGAAGUGGCAGAAAAUAUAAGGAUUCUUACUUUCUCCAGGCCCAGACGAUGUGUUACAUCAACACCUAAAUUAUGACUUGACUAUGCUUCAGAAAUUGCUUCAGUAAUGCCUAUUAUAUUGUAAUUAUGGUAACUUUGUUUUAUGUCUUAGUGAUUGCAGUUCAUACAGUCUUUGCAUCUCA